UUCGAUAUAAAAUUAUUGUAUUCUAUUCUAUUUUCCUUAGUACUGUGAGAAGGUCACAUUUGCACUGCAACUUCCUUACCUCAACAGAAACCAUGUCAUCCAUGGCUUUUCUUUCACAUCCUUAUUUCUUUGCAGCUUUGACCCUUUUGGUGGUUCAAUUUCUGUUCAGAAAACUGAGCAAAAGGGAUGGGAAGAGGUAUCACCCUGUUGCUGGCACUGUGUUUAAUCAGAUGAUAAACUUCCACAGGUUGCACCAUUACAUGACUCAUCUUGCUGCAAAACACAGAACAUACAGAUUGCUCAACCUUUUCAGAUAUGAAGUUUACACUGCAGAACCGAGUAAUGUUGAGUACAUACUCAAAACCAAUUUUGAGAAUUAUGGAAAGGGCUUGUACAACUAUCAAAAUUUGAAGGAUUUACUAGGUGAUGGGAUUUUCACUGUUGAUGGGGAGAAAUGGCGGGAACAAAGGAAAAUAUCAAGUCAUGAAUUCUCUACCAAGAUGUUAAGGGACUUCAGCGUUUCAGUAUUCAGAAAGAAUGCAGCAAAACUUGCAGACAUAGUGUCUGAAUCUGCAACUUCUAAUAGUUCGUUGGAAAUCCAAGACCUUUUCAUGAGAUCAACACUGGAUUCAAUUUUCCAAGUUGCAUUUGGAACUGAACUUGACAGCAUGUGUGGAUCAAGUCAAGAAGGGAAGAUUUUUGCUGAUGCUUUUGAUGCAUCAAGUGCACUCACCCUCUAUCGUUAUGUUGAUGUCUUCUGGAAGAUCAAGAAAUUUCUGAAUAUUAGAUCAGAGGCCAAAUUAAGAAAGACUACUAAAGUUUUAGAUGAAUUUGUUUUGAACCUAAUCAAAAAUAGAAUUCAGCAAAUGCAGAUUUCAAGGGGAGGUUCCGAUAGUAAACGUGAAGAUAUUUUGUCAAGGUUUCUGCAAGUGAAGGGAUAUGAUUCAACAUACCUAAGAGAUAUAAUUCUAAACUUUGUUAUUGCUGGGAAAGACACAACAGCAGCCACACUUUCUUGGUUCAUGUACAUGUUAUGUAAGUACCCUGCAGUUCAAGAAAAAGCAGCAGAAGAAGUGAAAGAAGCAACAAAUACAAAAUCAAUUAGCAGCUAUACUGAAUUUGCGUCAAGUGUAACAGAUGAAGCUCUUGAAAAGAUGAACUAUCUUCAUGCAGCAAUUACAGAAACUCUGAGACUUUAUCCUGCUGUCCCUGUGGAUGCAAAGAUUUGUUUUUCUGAUGACACAUUACCAGAUGGGUACAGUGUUAAUAAGGGAGAUAUGGUAUCUUACCAACCUUAUGCAAUGGGUCGGAUGAAAUUUAUAUGGGGUGAUGAUGCAGAGGAUUUCAGGCCAGAAAGAUGGCUUGAUGAGAAUGGCAUUUUUAAGCAAGAGAGCCCUUUCAAGUUUACAGCUUUUCAGGCUGGUCCUCGGAUUUGUCUAGGAAAAGAGUUUGCUUAUAGACAAAUGAAGAUAUUUUCAGCAGUUUUAUUAGGUUGUUUCCGCUUCAGAUUGAAUGAUGAGAAGAGAAAUGUGACCUAUAAGACGAUGAUAAAUCUUCAUAUUGAUGGAGGCCUUGAAAUCAAGGCCUUGCACAGAUAAGGGGAUUAAAAGAUUUUUGGAACAAUCCCAACUCUACUCAAAAGCUAAUAGUAAAAGUAGUUCAACAAAAGAGAAUGAAAGUGGAUUUUAGAAUUGAAAGAUAUGUUGGUUUACAAGAUAUUGUAUCUACAUAAUUUAAUGAUGUGUAUACUAUUAUAUGACUUUAAGUGUGCCUCGAAGAAAAUAAAUGGUUAUUUUAUUCCAAACAAUCCUAUAUCACUUAUGUACACUCAUGAAAAUAUUCACUUUAAUAAAUAAUAAUAAUUUAUCUUUAUUA